GUCUCCUCUUCAAUUUCUUUCUGCCGCCGACGUGCUGGCUAGUCUGCUGGUUCUUUCUCUUUUCUCAUCAUCGUCGAGCUUCCUGGAUCCACAAAGAGCAAACAAGUACCGUCCCAUCUAUAGAUACUGUAUACCGGGUCCAGUCUCGUGGUCACUUUGUCAACAUUGAAGUCAACUAUAGCAAAGUCCACCCUGCUCCUUUGAAUUCCCGUCAUGUCUUCCUCGACCCAACUGCCAUAUAGGCGUCCAUCUCGACAGGGCUCUAGGCAAGCGGCCAGGGACACCCGUGACGAUAUCCAGGUUCAUAUCGACCACUAUAUUGGCAUCGACGUUGGAACGGGAAGUGCUCGUGCGUGUAUCAUCGAUAGCAAGGGCGACAUUGUGGGCCUAGCAUCCGAAAACAUCGGGCUUUGGCAGCCCCAGCAAGGAUACUAUGAACAAUCUACCGAUGACAUUUGGCGCUGCAUCUGUGUUGCCGUCCAGCGUGCCAUAAGUCAACAUAACAUUGAUCCAGAUACCGUAAGGGGCAUCGGUUUCGAUGCAACCUGCUCCUUGUCGGUGUUUUCCAAUGAAACCGAUGAGCCCGUAUCUGUGACGGGACCCAAUUUCGACUCGGAUCGCAAUGUGAUCCUCUGGUUGGAUCAUCGCCCCGUCGAUGAGACCGAGAAGGUGAAUGCCACGAAUCACAACCUGCUCCGCUACGUGGGUGGGAGGAUGUCCAUCGAAAUGGAGGUCCCCAAGGUUCUGUGGUUGAAAAACAACAUGCCCAAGGAGCUUUUUGAUCAGUGCAAAUUUUAUGAUUUGGCCGACGCACUAACUCAUAUCGCCACCGGAAAUGAGAAGAGGAGCUUCUGCAGUGUUGUCUGCAAACAGGGCUACGUUCCUGUUGGUGUUGAUGGAAGUGUCAAAGGAUGGCAAGAAGAUUUUCUGGCCGAUAUCGGUCUUGAAGACCUGGCCAAAGAUGAUUUCAAACGAAUGGGAGGCGUUGAUGGGAACGGAGAUUAUCUUAGUGCCGGCGAACUGGUCGGGACGCUAUGCGACAAAGCAGCUGGCGAACUUGGCCUCCCCGCAGGAAUUGCCAUCGGAAGCGGCGUCAUUGAUGCCUAUGCGGGUUGGAUUGGCACGGUUGGAGCUAAAGUCAACCUAGAGUCAGACCAGCUGAGCUCCGGUGUCGCCAAUAACGACAAAACGCAGGCCUUCUCUCGCCUGGCUGCAGUUGCCGGGACUUCCACUUGUCAUCUAGCAAUGUCGCCAAAUCCUGUUUUUGUGCCGGGCGUGUGGGGUCCCUAUCGAGACACGAUUCAACCGGGCUACUGGAUGGCUGAAGGGGGCCAGUCAGCCACGGGCGAAUUGCUCAAGCAUGUUAUUGAGACGCACCCUGCAUUCAACCAGGCGGUUUCAAUUGCAGAGUCGUACAAUGCGAAUAUUUAUGAAUAUCUGAACGAGCACCUGAAAGAGAUGGCCCAUGAGCAAAAAGCUCUUAGUGUCUCCUAUUUGGGCCGUCACUUCUUCUUCUAUGGUGACCUUUGGGGCAACCGAUCGCCCAUUGCAGACUCUGGGAUGACAGGCUCUGUGGUCGGCCUUUCAAGCGAUAAAUCAGUGGAUGGUCUGGCAGUUUAUUACUACGGUACUCUUGAGUUCAUUGCCCUGCAGACUCGCCAGAUCGUUGAGACCAUGAACCAGGCUGGUCACGGCAUAACCUCCAUCUUUAUGUCGGGAUCUCAAUGCCAAAAUGACAUACUAGUGAGGCUUAUUGCGUCCGCGUGUGGCAUGCCCGUUCUUAUUCCCCGAUAUAUCCACGCUGCCGUUUGCCAUGGCGCAGCAAUGCUUGGUGCCAAGGCUGCCAGCGCCGACGCCGACGGUCACACGGAGGAUCUGUGGGAAAUCAUGGACCGUAUGAGCAAGCCCGGAAAAAAGAUUGUUCCCACGGAUGAUAUGAACGAAAGACGCUUGCUCGAUGUCAAGUACAAAGUAUUCCUUGAGCAGUGCUACAAACAGCAAGAAUACCGUGCUCAGGUCGAUCAAGUUGUAAAUACCUGGAAGCAAGCGUAAGUCUCGGACCCAGAAGAAUACUUUUCAUGGUGGAGGUUGUUUUUUUCCACUUUAUCAGCGGAUAUCUCGUUGGAUACUCAUCAAUAUAUGAAUGGAAUGUGCAAUUUUUAGCAAUGUCUUUG